AUGUUGGCCUUGAUGGGUGCCGUCUACGAGCCGAGUUAUCACCUCGACCACAAAGCCGCCAAUGCUUCAGGUCAGCCGUAUCAUUUAUUCGGCGCCAUUAGCCAAUCACAAUCCAUGAAUUGCUGCCGAAUUCCAUUAUUUGGGCUUGAGCCCUUUGGAAUCAACCUCUAUGAUCCCAUUGCUCCAUUCACACAAACCAUCUCAACGAUUCAUCUGAUUGUAGGAGGCGCUACGGCCGUCGUCGGCGCCUUUUCGCUCUAUUUUUCGACAAACACUCCCUCUGCAAAGGCAAAACGACUCGGUAUAGCCCUUCCUCCAGGUCCAAAGUCUGCGUUUUGCGUGGUACAUCCGUUCAAAUUUCAGAAGAGUAGAUGGUACGAGACGUUCAGUCGCUGGGCGGAAGAGUACGGUGACGUUGUAUACGUCAAUGUAAUUGGAAUUCCACUGGCUGUUCUCAAUUCACUGGGCGGAGUUUCGGAGCUUAUGGACAAGCGUAUGAACAUCUACUCGAACCGUCCAACUACGACGAUGAGCAAGCUGUGGUUCCGGACUUCGUUUGCAACGAGUCGGUUGCAACCUGGUCCAGAAUUCAACGAGCAGCGCCGAGUAUUUCGCAAAGCCAUGAACCCCAAAGCCGUCGCGGAUUACGAUAGCUUUAUCCAACGUGACAGAGACAAUCUAGUGAGGCAACUAGAUGGGUUUUCUGGCAACCCAUUUCUUCAAUUUGUCAAUGCCACCGGUGCGGUACUCACUCGUAUCGCCUAUGGGGAGCAGCUAUUCAAGGAUCAUGGCGAGGAGCUCAUUGACGUCAACACCAAUGUGGUUACUUUGGCCACUUGGGUGUCAAGCAAGGUAAGCAGUCAAAUAUUGGUCCGUUCAAUAUUCAUUCCUUCCAAAGGGUACAUACUCCGUGAUAAACGCAUUUGGGGUGCAGAUAGCCAAACUUUCAAUCCCGCCCGGUUCCUCCCCGAGUUCAAUCCUCAAGCCGAUCAACUCCCUGAUAUGUGGGACAUUCCAUUUAGAUUUGGCCGACGGCUCGGUAUUAUGCAGGAUGUGCUUUUGGGCAAGACUCAGGAGACAGAGGUGGAGGAUGAUAAUAUUCCCAUUGAUCUCCAACUUCGAGGCAGUUAA